GCGGGUGGCGCUGGGGACUGUUGGAGUAGCCAUGUUAGGGCAGGCGAGGCUAGGUGGUGUGGCGGUCCUGCGGGCUCUGGAGCUCCUUGCCACGGAGCGUGGCUGCCUGGCAGGAGGAGCGGCCGCCUCCGCUGUGCUUCCGCACAGGCGAAAUUAUGUGGCUGAGACUUCAGAGUCUGCCAAAUCUGGUACUGCAACAGGGCGUAUUGUUGCAAUUAUUGGUGCUGUUGUUGAUGUCCACUUUGAUGAAGACCUUCCUCCAAUUCUCAAUGCCCUGGAAGUGUCAGACCGUGAAACUAGAUUGGUGUUGGAAGUUGCUCAGCACCUUGGUGGAAGUACUGUUCGAACAAUUGCCAUGGAUGGCACUGAAGGCUUAACCCGCGGACAGAGAGUUCUGGACACAGGUGCGCCCAUAAAAAUUCCAGUUGGGCCAGAAACACUGGGAAGGAUCAUGAAUGUAAUUGGUGAGCCAAUUGAUGAAAGAGGGCCUCUUGCAACGAAACAGUUUGCAUCUAUUCAUGCUGAAGCUCCUGAAUUCCAUGAUAUGAGCGUUGAGCAAGAAAUCCUUGUGACUGGUAUUAAGGUUGUAGAUUUAUUGGCUCCAUAUGCCAAAGGAGGUAAAAUUGGGCUCUUUGGUGGUGCUGGUGUAGGAAAAACUGUACUAAUUAUGGAGCUUAUUAACAAUGUUGCUAAAGCCCAUGGUGGCUACUCUGUCUUCGCUGGUGUAGGGGAGCGUACACGAGAGGGUAAUGACUUGUAUAAUGAAAUGAUUGAAUCUGGUGUCAUCAACCUGAAGGAUGCCACUUCCAAGGUUGCACUUGUGUAUGGUCAAAUGAAUGAGCCUCCAGGUGCCCGUGCCAGAGUAGCCCUGACUGGUUUGACAGUUGCUGAAUAUUUCCGUGAUCAAGAAGGACAGGAUGUACUUCUAUUUAUAGACAAUAUUUUCAGAUUUACCCAGGCUGGUUCAGAGGUGUCUGCACUGCUGGGUCGUAUCCCCUCUGCAGUAGGGUAUCAGCCAACAUUGGCUACUGACAUGGGAACAAUGCAGGAAAGAAUAACUACUACUAAAAAGGGAUCAAUUACAUCAGUACAGGCUAUCUACGUACCAGCUGAUGACUUGACUGAUCCUGCUCCAGCUACUACUUUUGCACAUUUAGAUGCUACUACAGUAUUAUCCCGUGCCAUUGCUGAACUGGGUAUCUAUCCAGCAGUGGACCCUCUGGAUUCUACUUCACGUAUCAUGGACCCUAACAUUGUUGGCCGAGAGCAUUAUGAUGUGGCUCGUGGUGUACAGAAGAUUCUUCAGGAUUACAAAUCCCUUCAAGAUAUUAUUGCUAUUUUGGGGAUGGACGAAUUGUCUGAGGAAGACAAACUAAUUGUAGGCCGGGCUAGAAAAAUCCAGAGGUUUUUGUCUCAGCCUUUCCAGGUUGCUGAAGUCUUCACUGGCCACGCUGGAAAAUUGGUGCCUUUGAAGGAAACAAUCAAGGGAUUCAAGAGCAUUUUAUCUGGUGAAUAUGACCAUCUACCAGAACAGGCUUUUUACAUGGUUGGUCCUAUUGAAGAAGUUAUUGCUAAAGCUCAGAAGCUGUCUGAAGAACAUGCCUAAACUGGACUAUUAUAUUUGCAUAUGGUCUUUUAAACACCUGAUACAUGUAUACAUUGUAUGUGUAAAACAGUUCCAAUCCCGGAGGUGUAUAGUUUUUUUUUUUUUUUUCCCCACAUCUACUGGAGAGAAUUAAAGUCCUUUUUCCUACAUAUGAACAUGCAGUAUUAUGUAAAUGUCACCCAAAUGUCUGUUACAAAAGCCAGACAUCUUGUUAGUAAACAUUGUGAUGUACAAGUCCUCUGAUUACUGGCUCUUUAUUUUUGUUUAGAUUACUCUUAAUCUUUUGCCUCUGGAAAUAGUAACUUAAGGCUAUCCUGAACAUCAAAGUUAACUGUCAUGACAGUGGCAUUUGAAAGGUGAUGUGUGAUUACUUUUUGAUUCUUGGAAAAGCUUGAUACCAAAAAUGGCGGUGGUUAACCUCAUGCUGCAUUUGGCCCGAAUUAGUUUUUUCUACCUGACACUUUUGGGCUUUACAUUGUUUGUUUAUUUCUGUAAUCUCAAUGAGGAAUUGCACAAACAAAAUUUUACUGUAAUCCAUUGUAUUGCAAAUGGAAAACUAUUAACGCUACUUGUUUUUUUCUUAUUAAAUUGGCCUGCUUCGUAGUUUAAUGAGCAAAAAUUUAAUCCAGUUUUUAAGACUAAAAAGGUUGCCUACCCCCAAUUCAUGUUAGCUUUUGAUCAGGAUACUGUUCCUGUCCAAACCAAAUGUAAAACAUCUUUCUGGAACUUGAACAAAAUAUUAAACAAAGUGUAUUGAAAAGUGGCACUUCUGAGAUCAUUUAAAAUGUUAAAUUAAAAACUCACAAAAAUAAUCUGAAAGAGUAAUCUCUUCAUUGUGCCUAGUUGUUGAAAGGUAGAGUAUGCGUCAAGAGAAUAACUGUCCUCCUGUAAAGAAUGCAUCUAUAAAGAGCACUGAAAUUAGCAAAACCUUAUGUACCAGGAAUGCUGUAGAAAUACUCUAGGUAUUUAUAUAGGACUAUUGCAGAAUGAGCUAGCUACUUCCAUUUUGAGAGCCUUUAUCUACAUCCAAUACCUUAUCAAUAACUACAUAUUGGCCUGCCUGCAGACUGCUACUUAGGUAAAAUUUCAUUCCUUACCUGAAUAAAAAAUAGCAUAACACAUGCUGGAACAGUUUUUGUAUCUAAAAGCAUAAUGCUGUGAUAUAGCUCACAAAUAAGGAGAUCUAUUCUAUAUCCUGGAACAUGCAGAUGUUACAAGUACAGAACUGACCAGCUAAUUCAAUGGUACUCAUGUUCUAGGCCUAAUAGAAAACAUUUUCUCUGUCCCAAAUAAUCUACUUGGAGUGAAAGUGCCAAUCACUGCCAUAUGGUACUAAACAUCAUGUUUAUAGUAAUCACAAACAGCCAACUUACCCAGUUUGACUGGAUUCAUUUGGAAGAUUGUUCUAUAGGAUUGAGGUUACACGUUCUAAAGAUGCAAGAAAUUAAAUGUUUGGGGAUUUUUGUUUAGCUAUCUCUGGAGAAUUCUGGGAGGGAGAGAAAUUUCUGGUCUGAGCAGUUCCAAAGCUUGGUUUGGCCUAUGAGAACAUAUCUGGUGGUGUCUAACAGACAACUGUUUCCAUUAGCUCCUCUUUGAUGUAUCAAGAGGUGACAUUCACUUUUGUCUGAGACUCUUCAGGUUGAGAGGCUUCCUGUGAGGUAGACGGGAGUCUUUCUGUGUAUGAUUGAGCACCAGGAAAACUCUUUCAUAAGUAUAGAUUUUUGUCAGGUCAUAUCAACAUUUGGCUUCCUGGUAUUUGCUACUUUGAUAGGUACAUAUAUAGAUUACUCAGUUUGAGAUGUUUAGCACAUACUGAUCUCACUUAUUUUAAAAGUGAGAUGGAAAUGAGGCAUUGACAUACUGAUGGGGUAUGGGUGCAGGCACAUUUCUAAUGACCCCAUGUGUUUUUGGUGAAUUUUUAAGUGUAUGUAUGAGCAAAAAAUUGUAACCCAACAACUUGUUAAUAUUGGGUGAAAGGGAGAAUAAAGGUCAUCUUGUAGAUAAAAGGCUAA